GGACAACAAAGCGAGUGGGCAUUAUUGAAAAGACAUGUUAGUGAAGAUAUAUUUGGUGUUCAAAUUUGUGGAUGCAAGGCACAUCAUAUGGUGAAAUGUACCGAAAUAUUGUCUAAUGAGAUUGAAGUUGAUUUUAUUGAUGUCAAUUUGGGAUGUCCAAUAGACUUGGUUUAUAAUAAGGGAGGGGGGACUGCACUUUUGCGACACGAUGGAAAAUUAGGGAAGAUACUUCGUGGCAUGAACAGGAUUACGGAUAUACCAAUCACUGUAAAACUGCGCACAGGUAUUCAGGAUGAUAUACCAGUUGCACAUAAACUUCUGCCAAAAUUCGAAAAUUGGUUACAUGGUCGUUCACGCCAACAACGAUAUACUAAACUCGCUGAUUGGCAAUACAUUUCUAAAGUUUCAUAUACUGUAAAUGAGAUGCCACUAUUUGGCAAUGGAGAUGUUCUCGGAUAUACAGAUUAUUAUGAGCAUAUAAAAAAGCAUCACGUUGAUGGUAUCAUGAUCGGACGUGGUGCUUUGAUUAAACCUUGGAUAUUUGAUGAAAUCAAAUCAGAGAGACAUUAUGACAUUUCAUCUAGAGAAAGAUUAGAUAUUUUGAAAAAGUUUUGCAAUUACGGAUUGGAGCAUUGGGGAUCUGAUUCUAUAGGGAUUAAUCAAACUCGAAGAUUCUUUUGCGAAUGGAUGAGUUUCCUAUAUAGAUAUAUCCCCGUCGGAUUGCUUGAGGUCUUGCCACAACGUAUAAAUGAGCGCCCUCCAUCUUUUCGCGGGAGGGAUGAACUAGAAACCCUGAUGGCUAGUGGAAAUAGUAACGAUUGGGUAAAACUAAGUGAGAUGUUUUUAGGUCCAGCACAUGAAAGUUUUAAAUUUGUACCAAAGCAUGCCUCAAAUUCCUAUUCCUAUGAGGGAUAG